AUGGCGGGCAUGCCAGUGCUGGGUAACAGCGUUGGAGACCUGCACCCGAGAGCUGGCGGCAUGGUGGGCAUGCCAGUGCUGGGUAACAGCGUUGGAGACCUGCACCAGAGAGCUGGCGGCAUGGCGGGCAUGCCAGUGCUGGGUAACAGCGUUGGAGACCUGCACCCGAGAGCUGGCGGCAUGGCGGGCAUGCCAGUGCUGGGUAUCAGCGUUGGAGACCUGCACUCGAGAGGUGAGUCAUUCAUCCAUUCAUCCAUUCAUUAUGUAGCUGGCGGCAUGGCGGGCAUGCCAGUGCUGGGUAACAGCGUUGGAGACCUGCACCCGAGAGCUGGCGGCAUGGCGGACAUGCCAGUGCUGGGUAACAGCGUUGGAGACCUGCACCCGAGAGCUGGCGGCAUGGCGGGCAUGCCAGUGCUGGGUAACAGCGUUGGAGACCUGCACCCGAGAGCUGGCGGCAUGGCGGGCAUGCCAGUACUGGGUAACAGCGUUGGAGACCUGCACCCGAGAGCUGGCGGCAUGGCGGGCAUGCCAGUGCUGGGUAACAGCGUUGGAGACCUGCACCCGAGAGGUGAGGCAUUCAUUCAUUCAUCCAUUCAUUAUGUAGCUGGCGGCAUGGCGUGCAUGCCAGUGCUGGGUAACAGCGUUGGAGACCUGCACCCGAGAGCUGGCGACAUGGCGGGCAUGCCAGUGCUGGGUAACAGCGUUGGAGACGUGCACCCGAGAGAUGAGUCAUUCAUUCAUUCAUCCAUUCAUUAUCUAGCUGGCGGCAUGGCGGGCAUGCCAGUGCUGGGUAACAGCGUUGGAGACCUGCACCCGAGGGAUACCAGUAACAGGUCAUCCAGCAGUGGGUCUCGACGAGGCUCUUCGCCCCAACAGCCUCAGGAUCCUGAUGGCGAUGGAGACCGGGACCCGGACCUCAUCAGCUCGCCUCCUCCGAGGCAGUUCGACCGAGACUUCCAUAAUGACAAAAUUCCCACCAUGGCCACGCUCAGCGGCAGCGGGAUAAUUACGCACACCGCGCCGUCAUACGAGGAACAACGUGCCAGUCCCGCGUUACUGAGUCGCGCCACCGGCACGCCAGGUGGCAGGAGCGUGCGGGACGACGGGUACUGUUCGGCCGGGAGCACGCCACGGGCUUUGGAUCACAAAUCGACGAAAGGAUCCGUAGUCACCCUAUCAUGUUACAAAAAAGAGCCUAAAGUUCAGAUAGAAGAAGAAACAUACUACAACGAUGCAUCGAAAAGAAUUAGAGCGAGUAGUAUAAAACCAGAGGUGGACGACGGGCGGGAAACAUGGGGUACGGGGGCGGAUUUCCUGCUCUCCAUCAUUGGGUUUGCAGUGGACUUGGCCAAUGUGUGGCGAUUCCCUUACCUUUGCUACAGGAAUGGUGGAGGAGCCUUCCUAAUACCUUACACGUUGAUGCUGGUCUUCGGCGCCGUUCCCCUAUUCUACAUGGAGUUGAUCCUGGGCCAGUACAACCGGCAAGGCCCUAUAACGCUGUGGAAAAUAUGUCCAUUAUUUAAAGGUGUAGGGUUUUGCGCGGUAAUGGUGGCCUUCUACGUGUCCUUCUACUACAAUGUGAUUAUCGGCUGGGCGUUCUACUUCCUAGUGUCAUCAGCGCGCUCCGAACUACCGUGGUUGCACUGUGACAAUGCAUGGAACACGGAACAAUGCUGGGACGCAUCGAGACAUAAUGCGACGAAUAAAACCGAAGUUCCUUACCAAGGACCACUGUCGCAUUUCACUCCGGCUUCUGAGUUUUUUCAUCGAGCCGUGUUGGAGAUGCAGUACUCCGAAGGCCUAAACGACCUUGGCUUCCCGAAAUGGCAACUUGCCCUGUGUCUCGGUCUGGUCUACGUCACCUUGUACCUUUCACUCUUCAAGGGUGUCAAGAGCUCUGGUAAAGUAGUGUGGAUGACAGCUACCAUGCCUUAUGUGGUUCUCUCCAUACUACUAGUAAGAGGUCUACUACUGCCGGGAGCCACUCGAGGCAUCGCUUACUACCUGCAGCCAGAGUUGACGAGGUUGAAAGACACGCAGGUGUGGGUGGACGCAGCAGUUCAGAUCUUCUACUCGGUGGGAGCUGGUUUUGGUGUACACUUGUCCUAUGCCAGCUACAACACCUUUCACAACAACUGCUACAGAGACUGUUUGGUGACAACUUUAGUGAACUGCUUCACGUCUUUCUUCUCUGGUUUCGUCAUUUUCACGUACCUGGGCUUCAUGUCUCACAAGCAGGGCGUGCCUAUAUCAUCAGUGGCCACCGAAGGACCCGGGCUAGUGUUUCAAGUGUACCCAGAGGCCGUGGCUACGCUGCCAGGAGCGAGCCUCUGGGCCAUGCUAUUCUUCUUCAUGCUCAUCAUGCUUGGCUUAGAUUCAGGGAUGGGAGGCCUAGAAUGUGUAAUAACGGGUCUUUUAGACCUGACACGGGAGAGCGGGGCGCAUUGGCUGCGUCGGGAGCAUUUCACCCUGCUCGUGGUCUGCGUCUCGUUUUGCGUGGCUUGCAUCAAUAUUACUCCAGGUGGAAUAUACAUGUUCCAUCUUCUGGACACGUACGCUGCCGGCAUAUCGCUUCUGUGCUCCGCAUUAUUUGAAGCCGUUGCAGUCUCCUGGUUCUACGGGUUGAAAAGGUUCUCGGACGACGUGGAAGAAAUGCUCGGCUUUAGACCUGGAUUGUACUGGAGGAUAUGCUGGAAGUUUGUCAGUCCAAUAUUUAUUAUAGGUGUUGUAGUCUUCGGACUGCUGUACCAGCAGCCGCUGCAAUACCAGCAGUACAUGUACCCUCAGUGGGCCGAGGUGCUGGGCUGGGGCUUGGCCUGCUCGUCCAUUCUCAUGAUACCCAUCGUGGCCAUCUAUAAACUACUUACUACACCAGGGACGCUGCGGCAGCGAGUGGCAUGCUGUUUGUCUCCAGAAUCAGAACACGAAGCUAUCCGGGCUGGAGCUCCCGUAUCUAGGUUUACUUGGCGGCAUUGGCUUUAUGUAUAAUAUCAAUAGGUACUGAAAUACUGAACUAAGUAGGAAAGGUACUAAAGCUAAAGGUUCGGCGCGCACUAUAUUUUUUUUCAUUCGUUGGUAGGCAAUUUCAAAUUUGCGGGCAAAGUUGACAAUCAUAUCAUUGCAUGCAUGCAUGCUCUCAUUUUUCAAUUGUCAUGGUUCUAUGUAA